UAAAAAUCAAACAAAUUAGAAAAAUAAACAAAAAAACUUAAAGAAAAAAAGUAUUUUUAAUGAUUUUCGGCGAAACUUAAAGCAAAAUUAGAAAUUGUGGCGCUAACUAGAAGCAAAUAGCGAAAUAAAAAAUUAAAAAUUAAAAACUAAAACUAAAUUAAAAAACAAAAAACAUUUCAUUUCCCAAAAUCUUUAAAAGCUAUAUUUAAAACACACAGCGCGGCGCUAUCAACGAUUAUUGAUUCGACGUUUACAACAACAACAGCGACUCGUGGUGCUGUGUCUUCAUACACUUGCUCAAUAAACAUAUGUAAACGCAACAGACAACAAAAACAACAAGCGCUCGAAUAGCAACAACAACAACAACAACCACAAUAAUUAAUAUCACCAACACAACAACAGCGGCAAACAGAAUACGCGAAAAAUGGGUGACGAACAAGAAGAACGCACCUUCAAGGAGAAGAUGCUCUUCUACACCACUGCCUUCUUCAUACUACUCGGCACAUUCAGUAUGUUUGCAUUCCUCUUUCUCGUGCCGUUUGUCAUAGAGCCCGCCUUCACGACGAUCUUCAUGCAAUUCGAAGAGGUGCCCGCCUUGUGUGAAACCUACGAUGUGGAGACAUAUUUCGGCGCCAAGAAUUGCUCGUGGGCGUCAUGUCGCGAGGGCUGCACAAAGGAUAUUUACACUUGUACGCAGAUACGCGUCAAUUAUCGACUGAAUUUGUACAAUUACACAGAUGAAUUCAAUUUCACCGAAUAUCACAUUAAUUUGGCCGAAGCGGAACGUGAAUUGCCGCCGGUCAAGCGUACCGAUCGCUAUGAGCGCGCCAUACGCGAUUAUGAUUAUGAUGCGGCCACGAGUGAUGCCGCCAAGGCGAAUCAAGUGGUAGAUGUACCGGCGGCGGCGGCAUUAAUGUCCAGCCCCGCAGUGGCGCUGGCCGCUGCAGCGGCGGCAUCGGCGUCGACGACAAGCGAGCAAGUACGACUGAAUACGAUCAGUUUCGGCGGUGAGAGUGCCGGCAUUGGUGACGGUACGAGUGGCUAUCUCGUCGAUGAGGAGCCGCUAGACGAUGAUAUGAGCGGUGCACCCGGUAGUAUACUCUUCAAUGAGGAACGACAUCCCUUCGAUGAGAUCUCCGAAUUGAAUGAGGGUCUGAUGGGUAAUAAUUCGAUGUAUUUCUAUGUGGGCGCACGUCUCUUUCCCAACGUUAAGGGUUGUGGUUAUCCGCCUAUGCUGAAUUGUACAAUUUGGUUGAAACGCUAUACGAAGAUUGGUAUUAAGUUUCCGUGCUAUUAUUCGAAAGUCGAUCCAAGUUUGGUGAUAAGCGAUUUGGAUUAUUGGCAGAACACAUUGAAUCUGAUCUAUUCGAUGGCCAUACCAAUACCAUCGUUUAUUAUAUCGGUGAUAUACCUGACAUAUGCAUACUUCAAAAUCUAUAAUGAGGAUGAAGAAACGGCGCCGCUCGAUAAGAAUGCCGAAGAUAUGGAUAUUGAUGAGGGUGAGGUGGACGAGAGUGAUGGCGCUGCGUUGGCUAACAAUGCUGCCGGCAGUCAGAUCAUCAAUAUGGACUCGACGACGGGUGAGAGUUGCGUGGAUGUGGUACUGCCGAAUGGUGGUCCCGGCAUGACGACCUCUAUAUCGCAGGGCGGUUCGGUCACAACGCCCGGUCAAUAUUUGGCACAAUCGCCGGGCGAUUCACAAAUGACGCCCAAUUCCGAUAUGAAUUCGUUCGGUCAUCAGCUUAAAGUGCAAAUGGCGGACGAAAUGUCGCGCGACUCAUUGGAAAAUGGUGUGCUGUCAACAUCGAACUCGGUGCAGGGAAACUUGAGCAAGACGAUGACGACGAGUAUCUCAACUCCGCCUGGGCCGACAGCAGCAGUUUAAAACGCAAAGUCCACGGCAUGGAUAAUGUACGUUUUCGCAUUGGACAAUGAAAUGUGUGCGCACCAAAUAUUUAGCUUUUAAAAGUCUCAGCUCUCGUACGAAAUUACCAUUAAAUGAUACUAAUUAUAACAAAAGCAAUUAGCUAAUAUCACAUAUGUACGUACAUAUGUACGUACUUACAUACAUAUGUAUGUAUGCAUAAGAGUUAGGCAUUCUAGUAUGCAGCACAAGCAAACUCACACAAAAGACAAUGCAAUAAAUUUCAUAAUUAAUAAGUGAACAACACACACACACACUAAAACAAAGGGAACUAGCAAAAUACAAACAUACC